AUGCCUGACGUUAAGCGCACUGUCCGUCUCGUCACGGAGCAGCACAUCAUUGACAAGGCAUCGGAAAUUGAGGGUUUCCCUCAGCGCGAGUGGUCGAUCGAGGUGUAUCUGGUGAACGACAAGGGUGAGCAGGUGCCGGCUUCCGUCUUCGAUAAGGCUGUCUUCCACCUGCACCCCAGUUUCGGAGAACGAGCCAUCCAGACUUUCAAGAAGCCCCCCUUCCGCAUCCAAGAGGAGGGAUGGGGUGAGUUUGAUAUGACCAUUGAGCUGGUUGCGGAUAAGACAUACUCGAUCAGGCAUGACUUGAACUUUGCUCAGUCUCGUUAUGAGGCCAAGCACCCGAUUACCUUCCGCAACCCCAAGCCCGCCCUCCUGGCACUGUUGCGUGAGUCUGGUCCCGUUCCUGGUGACGAGAAUGGUCUCAAGGCCAAGCGCGGUGCUACCGGUGAGGAGAGUGCCAAGAAGAAGAAGCGCACUGAGAAGAAUGUUGAUAUGGACAAGCUUGCCGAUGGUCUGCAAAAGUUGAACGAGGAUGAUCUGCUGCAAGUUGUACAGAUGGUACAUGAUAACAAGUCCGCCGAUUCGUACACCAAGAACGAUGCUGAGAUGGGCGAGUUCCAUGUCGACCUGUACACCCUCCCGGAUUCCCUGAUCAAGAUGCUCUGGGACUUCACGGCUGACCGGGGCGCCCUGUAA